AUGAGGCCAUUCAGCCCCACCCACAAUAAAACGCUGCUCUCCCUCCUUCCGCCCGGAAAUGCACUUCCUGGGUCAGCUCGCCGCCCAUUGGUGGGAAGGCCGGGCUCGGGGAAGCUACGCCGCUGCCGAUUGGCUGGCGCCGCCCAGCCCUGGUGGAUGGAGGUCCCCGAUUGGCUGCACUCCCCGGAGCGGUGGUCACGUGGGAGCGGAAGUGUCACAGAAGCAGUCAGUAGGACACAGCAAGAUCCCAGAGUGAGCUGCAGGGUGAGGUUUGUGUGUUCCAUCCCGAUGGAGAACACGACGGACAGCGUUCCGGAGAGAGACCUCCCACCCACCCACACCCCGUCACUGUCGGAGUCUGUCGGGGGUACACAUCCGGAUGGCAUCGCCUCCUGCCCCAAAACUGUGGAACCUUCUGGUGACCCAGAGGGUCUCUCAGUGACAGGAGACCGUCAGCACAUAUCAGUCCCGGAAAACGCAGGGAGCCUGGGGCCUAGCGUCACGCAGCUCCUGAGCACAGAGCAACACCCGCAGGACGAUGUUAUCGAGGAGGUGGGCUCCGUUGACCAAUCAAAGGGCCCUGAUGAUGACGUUCCUGGCAGCACGGAUGGCAAUGACCUAUCCCGAAUCCUGGGAGCACCCGAAGCCGAGAGUGAGCUCCCGGCUCCACCCAAUGGGGUACCUGGCCCCGAAACAGUGGACAGGCGCGUCGAGGAGAUUGGGAGCGGCGUCCUCCUGGACGAGAGUCCCGAACUACGCAAGCGACGUCACGUGGGGAGUCCGGCCGUUAAAUCCGGCCUGAGACCGCCCCCAGCUGGUGAAGAGGAGGAGGACAGUGGAGGCAUCACCCUGAAUAAGUGCCUCUUGGUGGCUCUGCUGCUGGUGGGGGUCGGUUUUGGGAUUUUUGGCCAUUUGAUUGACCCCGCCCUCGACCCUGACAUUGAGGAAAGCGAAGGGGACCCCCUGGAUUCGAGCAAUGCCAGUGGAGAGCUGCACAGUCACUUGGAGGACCCUCACAACCCCCAGACUGGAUCACCGGAUCCCAAACCCAUCUCCUGGAUCCCCAUCAGUGAGCUGCUGGAGAAACUGGCCAAUCAGAAACAACAGAUCCACCUCAUCCACACGGAGCUACAGGGGCAGAAGCAGGAAUUAGAGGAAUCGCUGGAGGCCGGAUCACGGGCUCUGCCUCCCGACUCUCAGCAGAACCUGACCCGCUUGCUCCAGCAGCUGGCUCAGUACCUCUCCCUGGAGGAGGAGAUCCUGGAGGACUUGUCAGGCGAGCUAGGCCGGAGGGGCUCCGCCGCCAGCAGGGGCCAGGAGAUGCUUGUGGCCGAGGUCCUGAUGCUGCGCCGGGAGUUGGACAAGCAGCGCGGGCUGGCGGCCUCCAUGCGGCAGGCCCUGGAAGGCCUCAUCGAGAGGGUCAGCGGCCUUGGCCAGGCCGUCACCAGCGUGGAGGUGCUGGCCGCGCUCAGGGAGCUGGAGCAGAAGCUGGCCUUCGAGCUGCAGCGCUCCGAGGUCUGGGAGAAGGUGUACGGGGCCAGCUCCUGGCAGGACGCCACUCCCUUCUCUCCUGAGGAGAGCAACCCGGAGGCCAAGGGCGGGGAAGAGGCCCAAGGCUCCACGAUGAGUAGGCCGCAGGAUGAAGAGCAGGCCCAAGGCUCCAUGAUGAGUAGGCCGCAGGAUGACGAGAAGGCCCGAGGCUCCAUGAUGAGUAGGCCGCAGGAUGAAGAGCAGGCCCAAGGCUCCAUGAUGAGUAGGCCGCAGGAUGAAGAGCAGGCCCGAGGCUCCACGCUGAGUAGGCCACAGGAUGAAGAGCAGGCCCGAGGCUCCACGAUGAGCAGGCCGCAGGAUGACGAGAAGGCCCGAGGCUCCAUGAUGAGUAGGCCACAGGAUGAAGAGCAGGCCCGAGGCUCCAUGAUGAGUAGGCCACAGACUGUGAGCAAAGAUGAGGAGAAGGCCCGAGUGAGUGGUCCACAGGCCAACGAUACACAAGGGCUGCGUGGGCACCAGGGCCGGAGAGAGGAGGAGCAGCCCGAGAGCAGGGACAGCUAUCGUCAACGGCCCGGGAAGGAGGGGAGGCCCGACAAGCACAGGAGACCGAAAUCAGACGGAGUGGAAGACCGUGACCGUCUGCGCAAAGGCUUUUGGCGGACGCAGGCCCAGAAGCGCCGGGCGGACUGCUUCGACCUGGUCGGCUGCGCCCACAAGGACUGGGCCGAGGGGUUCGGGGUGGAGCUGGGACCCGUCGAAGCAGACGGUUUCCGGGAGCUCCUCCGGGAGUACGUGGAGAGGUGGAGGCUGGGAGAGGUCUGGGCCUCAGAGCUGCAGGAUGUGGUGACUCCGUUUUUCAGGGACGGCCUCUUCAUCCACGACCAGCUGCGGUUCACCACCUUCGUCGACCGGCUGGAGGAUUACGUGGAGGAAAUCGCCGAGCGCGUCUUCGGGGAUGACGACGCCGUGGGGGACUUCGAAGAUCAUGUCUACAGGGGCCUGCUGGGAGAGGCCACCCUCCAACACAAACGCAGUAAGAAAGCCAAGCAGAAGAGCCACCACGGGAACCAAGGAGGUCGUAGGUCAGCGAAGCAUGGCCACCAAGAUGGCCGCCGAGAAUGGGAGAAGAAAUGGCGACCAUCUUCGGGCGAGGGGAGAGAAGAGAAUAGGGGGCAUUUGGAACCUUAACGGCAUGAUUUGCGUGGGGGGGAUUUUCCCCCAUUUUUGGGGGCGAGACAGCAGGGGGCUGGGUGGUGAAGUGUGUGGCCUUUGGUACAGACCAGACCAACACCCUCUUCCCUCUCUCCCCACAAAGCUAUCUCUCUCUCCUUUUCCCAACCACACUCGCCCUCCCUCCUUCCCUGUCCCUGUCCUGGGAGGGUUUGAUGGGGGAACAGUAUAAAGGGAGCUUUACUCUGUAUCUAACCCCGUGCUGUCCCUGUCCCUGAGAUUGGUGAGGGGGGGGGGAGGGCGACAGUGUAGAGGGAGCUUUACGCUGUGCUGUCCCUGUCCAAUCUCUCGCCUUACCAGGUUGAAGACAGUACUGUACUGUUCCAAUGAGAUGGAGAUAUUUUGUCGAUUGAUUUCUGUAACCUUUGCUGAGUGGAAUAAGCUAUGUUUUGGGAUAAUUGUAUGAUUUCACCUUUGAAGAUGCUAAUUUAUUUUGUAAAACUGACUCUUGAAUAAUGGGAAUAUCCUGUUGGCAAUUUGCUAAUGAAAUCAUCUCCAUGUUGUCAGCGGGGGGGGGUUGGAGAUUUUGGUAAGAUGUGUAGAGUGUGCAUUUUAUUCCAAUGUUUCAUAAUUCUCUCUAGAGAGAGAGAGAGAAAGAGAGAGAACGAGAGGGGGCAAAAUUGUACUGGGGUCACCGUCUUCAUCUGUCUCUCUCUCUCUCUCUCUCUCUCUCUGUCUGUCUGUGUCUCUGUCUCUGUGUCUGUCUGUGUCUCUGUCUCUCUGUCUGUCUCUGUGUCUCCCUGUCUGUCUCCCUGUCUGUCUCUCUCUGUGCACACAGAUUUGAUUAAUUUUGGGUGGUGAUGGAUGAAUUAUUGUGGGUGAUAUGCCCUCAGGCUGACCUCUGACCCUGCCAGGAAGCCGCCUGGGGGGGGAAUCUGUGACCUUUGACACUGUGUACCAAUCUCCCCAAUAAAAACAGCUUUCACAACUGG